AUGGCGUCCUCCGAAGUUGAUCAAAAGUUUCUCGGCAAGGCCGCCAAGGCCGUCGAGCACGAAAACCCCCUGCUUGCUUCCGUCCUGUACAAGAUCCUGGGACUCUCCAUCAACCUUUCACAUCAGCUUGUCAAGGCCAAGAAACAACGACGGCCGGAUGGAACCCCCACAUCAGCCCAACUGGAUCUGUCAUUUCACAUAAUAUGGCUCUCUCGAGAAGGAUUGGUGUUGCUGGAGCAGUAUGUGGUGCCCAUGGUGGGAGCCUAUACCGAACUCAAGGUGCUCGCAUACAAGCUGCGUGCUUCCUUCUACCACAUUUUCGUCCUAUUCCACAACACGCCCCCGGUAUCUUCGAUGGGCGUCAACACACCCGACCCCCAGAAUACACCACAAUCACGACUGGACAAGGGCAAGGGAGUCGCGGCGGAUGACGGCGGUGCUCCAUCAAGCGCAAAACCAAGCCGAAAUUUUGAAGGAGGACCGGUUGGGCCACCACCAGGCUUUGGUCCUGAGUCACCAUCAGCGUUCCUUCUCAAGCCCGGCGAUUAUUUACCAAUAGCCCAUCAGUACUUCAAGGAGGCUGCCGAACUUGCCGACAAGAUCUUGUGGGGCUCACAUUCAUUACGCCUGUCCGUCAAGACAGAGUAUGCUGCCUUUUUAUACGAAUGUGUCCACGAUUUCGAAGGAAGUCGAAAAUUGGCCAAGGAGACAGUCGCCCAGGUCUAUGACGCCACGGAAGGAAUCGACAACGACAUGUUCAACGAUGCCUGUGAACUAGUGACCGUUUUGGGGAAGAUGAUGAAACGAGGGCUUAAUUCGAGCAACAAGAACCCAGCAUCAAGCACGGGCUCGCAGCCGCCAGCGAGGACAGAGCAGGGCGAGCCAAGCGCGCCACCAGGGAUGAUAUAA